AUGACCUCAAGCUUGGAGGGUCUCAACAGACGACCGGAUCUUGUCGGGUCUUCUAAAGGAGCUAAGAGUCAGCAAACUCCUCGGCCAGCACCUACCAAGCUCUUCCUGCCGCCAAACAUCGCCUUCUAUGUAUGCUUUGCUUCACACCUCCUAGCAGCGCUGUAUGCUCCAAUACAGGACUGCGAUGAGACCUUCAACUACUGGGAACCACUUCAUUACCUAAACCAUGGUUACGGCCUCCAGACAUGGGAGUAUUCCCCAGAAUUCAGCAUUCGGAGCUGGGCAUAUAUUGGCCUACACGCCCUCCCAGCCAAAGUCGCGGGCCUCUUUGGCAGGUCAAAGAUGUUUGAGUUUUAUGCCUUGCGUAUCGUGCUGGCAUUUACCUGUGCGGCAACUGAGGUCCGUCUUUAUUCGGCCAUAUCUCGAGUCGUCAAUCCGAGAGUCGGAGUGAUAUACCUCAUGAUUGUUGCCUUCACUCCGGGGUUUUUCUACGCCUCUUCUGCAUUCCUGCCAUCUAGCUUUGCCAUGUACACGGCUGCUUUGGGACUGACAUCUUUCAUGGAUUGGCACGGAAGCUCAAAAACUGCCACAGGCAUCACGUGGUUUGGAGUCGGUGCUCUGCUCGGAUGGCCGUUCUCAGGGGCUCUAAUUGUCCCAUUCGUUGUCGAGGAAUGGCUCAUGGCAGUGGUAGGGCAAACAGAUCUUUUGGAGACCUUUUCACGGUACCUGUACGGUGGCGUGCGCUGCUUAAUUGUUCUGGUUCUUCAGAUCUGUGUCGACACUUUCUUUUACCACAAAAUCGCGGUGGUGCCUUGGCGUAUCGUCGCUUACAAUGUCUUCAGCGGCAAAGAUCGCGGUCCCGAUAUAUUUGGGACGGAGCCAUGGAACUACUACCUGAGGAAUUUGCUGCUUAACUUCAAUAUGUGGUUUAUCCUUGCAGGGAUUUCAGGACCACUCGUCCUGUUCCAGUCCAUCGUCCUAGGCCAGUAUCCCACCAAACAAACCCUUCUCAGGACUCUUACCUUCCUCUCUCCGUUCUAUCUAUGGCUGGCCAUUUUCACCGUCCAACCCCACAAGGAGGAACGAUUCAUGUUCCCUGCUUACCCUUUCCUGGCCUUGAAUGCAGCGAUAGCAUUUCACUCUCUGCUGACAUGGAUCGGUUCGACCGAUUCGUUCAUCUUUGGAAAAAUCCCGGCAAAAUUAAAACUGGCCGCCAUUUUACCCAUUGCACUCUUAGCCAUCAAUGUUGGGCUGCUGCGUAUCGUUGGUACGGUGACCGCGUACAGAGCACCAUUGCAGAUAUACGACACGCUCAACGCAUCCAAUCUGACGCGAGUUGACAAUAUAGUCUGCUUCGGCAAGGACUGGUACCGAUUCCCAUCCUCCCACUUUCUCCCAGACAAUAUCCACGCGAAAUUCAUCAAGAGCGAGUUCGAUGGGCUCUUGCCCGGCGAGUUUCACGAGGGUAAGACUGGGUUUGGACUCUUUCCGGGAACCUGGUUAAUACCGCCUGGGAUGAACGAUCGGAACGAAGAAGAUCCUGGAAAAUAUGUUGAUGUCCAGCACUGCACGUUCUUGGUCGACUCCUACAUGCCCGGCAUGGAGGCCACUAAGCACGAACCACUUUAUAUCCUGGACAAGGACCAUUGGGAUAAGAUCUCCUGCGUCCCAUUCCUGGAUGCUUCCAGAACUGGAACUCUUGCUAGGACGAUUUGGAUUCCCGAUCUACCAUUCCUGCCUCCCAGAUAUCGUCGACAUUGGGGUGAACAUUGCCUGCUGCGCCAAAGGAAGGUGUAA